AGAGUAAAUUCAUUUUUUCCGGUCUUUUUGAUCCUAAAUUUUGCAGCGAUGGCUGUCGGUAAAAAUAAGGGUUUAUCUAAAGGUGGCAAAAAGGGAGUCAAGAAGAAGAUUGUUGACCCCUUCACUCGCAAGGACUGGUACGAUGUCAAGGCUCCAUCCAUGUACAGUGUACGAAAUAUCGGCAAGACCUUCGUUAACAGGACGCAGGGAACAAAAAUUGCUUCCGAAGGGUUGAAGGGCCGUGUGUUUGAGGUGUCACAAGCUGACCUCCAGAAUGGAGAAGAUGCUUUCCGCAAGUUCCGCCUUAUUGCGGAAGAAGUCCAGGGGCGCAAUGUCCUCACCAACUUCCACGGCAUGGACCUGACAACAGACAAGCUUCGCUCCAUGGUUAAGAAAUGGCAGACUCUCAUUGAGGCAACGGUCGAUGUGCGAACGACAGACGGCUACCUGCUCCGUAUGUUCUGCAUUGGCUUCACCAAAAAGUGCUCCAACCAGGUGAAGAAGACCUGUUAUGCCCAGCAUAACCAGGUGCGCCAGAUCCGCAAGAAGAUGACUGAGAUGAUGGUUCGUGAGGUGUCCACCUCAGACCUCAAGGAGGUCGUCAACAAGCUCAUUCCCGAGAGCAUUGGCAAGGACAUUGAAAAGAGCUGCCAACGCAUUUACCCACUGCAUGACGUGCUUAUCCGCAAGGUGAAGGUGCUCAAGAAGCCAAAGUUUGAAUUGGCCAAGCUCUUGGAACUGCACGGAGAAGGGACCAGCAAGGGUGGCGUAGCGUCUGCACCAACAGGAGAGGAAGGUGUCAAGGUCGACAGGCCCGAAGGCUAUGAGCCUCCGGUGCUUGACACUGUCUAGGUACAGAGCCGUUCAAUAAAACAUAAGCUUGGCACAUGUA